GGCUCCGCCCUCGGACUCCAGCCAGGAGACUCUCUGGCCCAGUCGCCGCGGACCGGACCGUCCCCAGACGUUCCCGGGCCGAGCCCCUUCUGUCUCGCCCUCAUGGCCCAGCCUCUGCUGCUGGUUCUCUGGCUGGCUCUGGGUGUGGCCCCCGGCGGCGUGGUCAGUGUGGCCCCUGCCGGAACCAGCGAGCCCCCUACCGCGCAGACGGUGGCACCCACGGAGGCCGAGACCCUGCAGAACGAGGCAGACAACCAGGAAAACGUCUUGUCUCAGUUGCUGGGAGACUAUGACAAGGUCAAGGCUGUGUCCGAGGGCUCCGACUGCCAGUGCAAAUGUGUGGUGAGGCCCCUGGGCCAGGACGCCUGCAGGAGGGUCAACGCAGGAGCCUCCCGGAAGGAGGACUUCUACACCGUGGAGACCAUCACCUCCGGCUCGUCCUGCAAGUGCGCCUGCGUCGCUCCACCCUCCGCCCUCAACCCCUGCGAGGGGGACUUCAGGCUCCAGAAGCUUCGGGAGGCCGACAGCCGCGACUUGAAGCUCGCCACCAUCAUAGACAUGCUGGAGGGCGCGUUCUAUGGCCUGGACCUCCUGAAGCUGCAUUCGGUCACCAGCAAGCUGGUGGGGCGAGUGGACAAACUGGAGGAGGAAGUUUCUAAAAACCUCACCAAGGAAAACGAGCAAAUCAAAGAGGACGUGGAGGGAAUUCGUGCCGAGAUGAGCAAGCACGGCAAGAACUGCUCCCGGGACGCGGCAGCCGGGCUCCCGGAGGCGGGGGCAGGCUCCGCCCUGCAGAGGGAUGCGGCCGCCGCCUACGCCCACCCCGAGUAUGAAGAGAGGUUCCUGCGGGAGGAGACCGUGUCCCAGCACGUCAACUCCAUCGAGCUCCUGCGGACGCAGCCACUGGCUCCACCCGAGCUGGUGCGGCCACAGCAGCCCGUCCAGAGGCAGGUGUCCCUGCGGGGCCGGCCAGCCUCCAAGCCUGCCAUCAUCCGGGGCAUCACCUACUACAAAGCCCAGGACCCCGAGGACGAGAACGACAUAGAAGAGCAGCAGGACCAGUUCUUCAGCGGUGACAGCGGAGUGGACUUGCUGAUUGAGGACCAGCUGCUGAGACACAACAGCCUGCUGCCCACUGUGCCCCGCAGGCCGGCAGCCACCCGUCACGGCGCUGCUACCGCGGCCCACACGGCCACCCCCCCUCUUCCGGCCCCAGCUGCCCUGCCGGUGGCUCCUGGGGACACACACUCGUCCCCAGGGCCUCCCACCACAGUCAGGACAGACUCCCUGGGGAAGGCCCCCCCUGCUGAGGGCACAGCCCCCGCCAGCCCCACCCUGCACCCGGAGGAGGACGACAUCCGGAAUGUCAUAGGAAGGUGCAAGGACACGCUGUCCACCAUCACGGGGCCCACCACCCAGAACACAUACGGGCGGAACGAAGGGGCCUGGAUGAAGGACCCGCUGGCCAGCGACGAGCGGAUCUACGUGACCGACUCCUCGUACGGCAGCACCCUGGUGGAGUUCAGGAACCUGGAGAACUUCAGACAGGGCCGCUGGAGCAACUCGUACAAGCUGCCCUACAGCUGGGCGGGCACCGGGCACGUGGUGUUCGGGGGCGCCUUCUACUACAGCCGCGAGGCCACGCCCUGGAGCCGGCAGGGCCCCUCAGACGUGGACUUCGCCGUGGACGAGAACGGGCUGUGGCUCAUCUACCCCGCCCUGGACGAAGAGGGCUUCAGCCAGGAGGUGAUCGUGCUGAGCAAGCUCAAUGCCGCAGACCUGAGCACGCGGAAGGAGACCACGUGGCGCACGGGGCUCCGCCGGAACCUGUACGGCCACUGCUUCGUCAUCUGCGGGGUGCUGUACGCCGUGGACAGCCACAACCAGCGCCACGCCAACAUCUCCUACGCCUUCGACACCCACACCAACACGCAGAUCGUGCCGCGGCUGCUGUUCGAGAACGAGUAUUCUUACACCACCCAGAUCGACUACAACCCCAAGGACCGGCUGCUCUACGCCUGGGACAAUGGCCACCAGGUCACCUACCGCGUCAUCUUCGCCUACUGACACCCCGGCCGGAGCAGAUGUGCCCGGGCCACUGCACCUUGUAUGUGCAUGUGCACGUGUGUGUGCGCAUUGCACGUUUGUGUGUGUGCACGAGUGUAUGCAUGUAUGUGUGAAUGUG